AAGAAGUAAACUGGAUUCAUCAGAUUCAAGGCAAAGAGGGAAAAUAAUAAUAAAUCAAUAGAUUGGCGCUCCUUUACUAUUUUCCAAGUCCUUGUUCCAUCGGAUUCUUUUCAAAUCGAAGAGAGGAGUACAACCCUAGAAAAUCCUCACACAAGUUCCGCAAACCCGUCUCCGAGAUCUACAGAACCUUCGAAUCCAAUGGCGACAAGAAGACGUACAUUGCUCAAGGUCAUUGUCCUCGGGGAUAGCGGGGUUGGUAAGACUUCCUUGAUGAAUCAAUAUGUGCAUAACAAGUUUAGUCUGCAGUACAAAGCGACUAUUGGUGCUGAUUUCGUAACCAAGGAGCUUCAGAUUGGAGACAAGCUCGUUACUCUACAGAUUUGGGAUACUGCUGGACAAGAGAGGUUCCAGAGUCUCGGUGCUGCCUUCUACAGAGGCGCUGACUGUUGUGCCCUUGUUUAUGAUCUCAACGUUUCCAAGUCCUUUGACUCCCUCGAUAACUGGCACGAGGAGUUUCUUAAACAGGUUCCUUCUCUCAUUUUGUUAUAUUCAAAACAAGAUGAUUUGAGUAAUGUAACAAUGCUUAUAUGUAACAAUUUAUUUUCUCGUCCUGCCCAGGCUAAUCCAUCGGAUCCAAAGACAUUUCCGUUUAUAGUGCUUGGAAACAAGGUUGACAUAGAUGGAGGGCGCAGUAGAGUGGUGUCGGAGAAGAAAGCGGCUGACUGGUGUGCUUCAAAUGGAAACAUACCCUAUUUCGAGACUUCAGCAAAAGAAGACUACAAUGUUGAUGAGGCUUUCCUUACCAUUGCCAAAACCGCUCUUGCCAACGAGCAUGAUCAGGACAUAUACUUCCAAGGCAUACCAGAAGCAGUUAUUGAGAACGAGCCAAGAGGGGGUGGUUGCGCUUGUUGAACCGUGUAUUUUCAUUUUCAUUUACAUUCUUUUUUUCAUGCAUUUUGCCUACUAUUCAUUGAAAGUUUGGUGUACUCUUGAGUUGGAGAACGAUAAGCUUGUAGAGGCAAAUUUUUCGCCGUUCCAUCGUAUAUUAAUUGAUUGGAGGAACCGUUAUUGCUCUUUAA